AUGGACCUACCAAGUUCACAGACAGUAAUAUUGCAGGAUGCCGAAGGAAAUCCUCAGAUCUGUGAUGGUGUGCCUCUACCGGAGCUUGUCCCAGGGAGUCUCCUAGUAAGAGUAAAAGCUGUCGCACUCAACCCGUGUGACUACAAGAUGGGUGCAACCUUCCCUAGUCCAGGGUCCAUCGUUGGCAACGACUUCGCCGGAACAGUGGUGCGCAUACAUACAGCGACAAAGACACACAUUGGUAUGGGCGACAUCGUCUGCGGCACAGUUCAUGGUUCCAACACAGCAGAACAUACCAACGGCGCCUUCGCACAGUGUGUGCGUGCACCUGCCGACCUAGUGCUCAGAGUACCCAUUGAUCUUCGUAUCGAACAAGCUGCCACCAUAGGGUUGGGCCUUACUACUGCUAUCGUUUCACUGUGGGAAGGAGGCUUGAGGAUAGGAGUUAGCCCAACUGCUCCAGCAGCAACCCCAUUUCCAGUCCUGGUCUACGGAGCUAGCACGUCUACAGGGACGAUGGCACUUCAAUUACUGAGACUAUCAGGCGUCUACCCAGUCGCGACAUGCUCACCUGGAAAUUUCGAUCCUGUCCGCGAUCGAGGAGCUUAUGUUGUCUUCGAUAACGCCAAGGCUGACUUAUCGGAUAGUAUACGAGAAAAUACGGAUGGGGGGCGCGAGUACGCACUCGAUUGCAUUGCCGGUCACCAAUCGGUUGCUUAUUGUUAUGCCUCAAUCUGUCGGUCUGGUGGGCGAUACGCAAGUCUGGAGGCAGGGCCGUAG